AUGUACAAUGCUUUUUUUGCAGAACCUGCUUGGACCACAUCACUCGGCAUAUACACUUGUUAUGUAACUCUAAACGGAAGCAUAACAAAGCAAAGCAGUGUCGAUUUUUCUUCUGGAAAAGAAAACACAUCAUCAAAUUAUGUUCUGAUGAGAGUCAGCAAUGUUCCAGUGGCAGAUAUCGCAAAAAGUUGCAAAAAAUAUGGAUAUGACGUAUUUAUGGAUGACUCUGUGGCGAAAUCCGUACCAUUGCGUGAAACUGAACGUGCGUAUUUCCCCGUUUGUCCCAGUAUUCAAAUAAAUAACCAAAGUAUUGCUGUUUGCAAACCAUGGAUUUCUAGACAAGGAUGCUUCAGUCUCACAACAGAUAAUAUUGGUAUGGCGGUGGAUUGUAGAAGCAUCAAAAUAGCAACUUGGAAUAAAUCCCUUCCACUAAUAGGAAUGACGGUAUGGACUAAUCAUCCCCUCGCAACGGGAUGGACUGUUGGCUCUUGCUACUUACUGGAUGGCGAUGUAAGGAAAUCUCAUCCCAAGGUUCCAGAUACCUAUUGUUCAACAGACAAAGAUUUCAACAAUUUUCAAGAGGACAAUAGAGGAGUGUUCCUUACCCUCUUUUCCAUCAUUAACAUAAAUCCAGAAAAUACAGCAGAUAUAAAUUCGGACUGCGUGGCUACCUACAUGGACUUGGAAACUCUAAAACUCUUUGAAAUGCCUUGCCAUAGAUUCUGUGAUGCAUAUUGUACUUCACACGACGGUUCUAGCAUUAUUAAUCUUAAUCGGCAUAUGAAAUGGGAGGAUGCCAGGAAAGAGUGUCUCAUGUUAAAUAAAUCUCUACCCAACGAAAACUUUACGUUCUCUGACCCAACCCAAUUCGAUAUUACAAGCACAGUGUGUCUUGAUGUGUUUAAAAACUCAUCUGUAUUAUUUCAACCUGUCGUUAAGCUUGCAUCAAAAGAACAUGGAAGGAUAAUAAUCAACGCUUCUACUAACCAUUCGAUGAGGCUGCAAUAUUUAUGUGGGACAAAAAUAGAAACAAGUACGACAGACAGACAGAGGGACAGACAGUUUCACCAGAAGGACACAGAAGAAUCAAAUUACGGACACUGUAAUACAACAACAGAGGGUUUUCACGAAUUCCAUACUAGAGAUACUACAGUGACUUGGAAAUUUCCAACAGAGAUGAACCGGAUAAAAGUUAUUUGUAAAGUUUUUUUGUUAAAUUUUGCAAAAAGGUUUAACAUUUGGUCAUCAAACAUGCUCCGUUGUUGGAGUUUUGAUGAUAGCAAAUAUGCUUGUUUCAUCACAAGAGUAUUAAAAAGAAAAGGAAAUCAAGAAAAAAGUUCCACAACAGAGGAAAUCGUUACCUCAGAUCUUUACUCUGAACCGGUUUCUGCAUCAGGUGAGAAAAACAUGAAAACAAAGGAUCACAUCACUGCUGAAGACGAGUCAGCCUAUUCUGUAGCUGAUUCGAAUGACAACGAGUACUCACAACCCCUCGUCAACAGGGACAAUCGAACGGGACAGGUGCGUUCUGCAAAUGAUGUUACCAUCUCAGACAGUGAAUAUGCUGAUACAGAUUUGGGUGAAUAUGAUGUUUUAAGAGGACAGCGAAAGAAACACUCCGAAAAUACAUCAUCGAAUUGUGAUAUUUAUGACAGGACAAAUAAUGUUGUCACUGGUAUCUAUGACGUCACAACGAACACACUGAACGAGAACGAAUACUCAAUGACAGAUAAUGAUUUAAAUCAAUAAUACAUGGUUAUAUAAAUAAAAUGCCAAAAUAUAAUAUGUAAAAUAUUUAU